AGGAUAGUUUUUCAAAUAAAGCAUUCCAUGAUGCAAUAAUGCAAGCUUCUAAGACUGCUGAGCAAAGAAGGUUAAAAGCUGCAUCAUCUAAUUCGUUAAACAAUAGCGUUAAUUAUGUAACAAGGAAGGAUUCAAAUUAACCAACUUGGGGCUCCUCUGAGAGGUAUCUCAAUGAAAUCCAAUAAAUCUGCCAAUGCUGCCAAAAGUAUGAGCCAGCCUUUAGCAAUGAUGAAUAAUGGAAGAAACCCAUUACAAGUCAAGCCUGGAAAUCCUCCUAAAGCCGUUCAAAGAAGAAAGAGCAAAUUUUUGCCUACAAAUAUUGAUAAUAAAACUCAAAAUCAAAAUUCAAUGCUCCCUCCAAAAUCAAAUUACAGCAAACAUGGCUCAUUUAGAGCUAAAGAUACUUUAACUAACUCAUCAAUGAAUGAAUCUGGGAAUUUCAAGAAGGUCAACUCUAUGAGAUCUUCUAAAGAGUCUCUUGAUAAUAUUAAGGACCUUCAGAGUCCUUCCAAUAAGAAAGCUCCUGUCACUCUUAUAAAGGGACCACCGCCAAUUCUAAAUUCUCAAAUGAAUAACACUAGCUUUCCUUCCAAGAUAGAUCCGCCACCAUCAAAGAUUGAUAUUACAGCUGUGAGUCCUGGACUUCCGAAGAAGUCAGAUCAGCCAAAGAAUGAACCGCAGAACAGCAAUUCAGGAAUUAUUGGCCAGAAGGAACCCCAAAAUCUUCCAGAGUCCCAAUCCUUCUACAACAUAGGAGAUUCAUCCAUGGCCAAGAAUCAGGCGAGGCCUCCAAGGCUGAGAGUUCCUCGAGUCGGCCCAAGAAUGAGGCCGGCAGGCCAUAUUCCUGAGGAGGAUCGUGCUCCUACUAUUCCUGAGGAUGACAAUGAAUCUGCUAUCAGCUCAAUGCAGGCUAAUCCACGAGAUUACACAACAAGAAGUUUUGGAAAUCCUUCUAUAAUCAAGCCUAAAUCUCAGGCAUCCUAUGAAGUGGCUAACUCUCCUACAGCUUUUACACCAAACGUGACUAAUUCACUUAUAGAAGAUAAUGCAAUAAACUCUCUUAGAAAUGUGGAUAAGAACAAGUUUAACAAACAGAAGACACCUAGUAUAAUGGCUUACAAGAUGCUUGAUGAUUCAAGAAAAGUACUGUCUCCGAAAGACGCUGAGAAGAGACUUGAUAUCAGCAUAAAUGAAAAAUCAAACGCUCAAACACCUAAAGAAGAUAGUAAGAUAGAUGAGAUACCUGAGGAAAUCCCUAAAGAAGAAGAGGAGGGUAAGGAGAUCACCCCAAGAGUUGAAGAGAACCAAAAGCAAGGGAAUUUAAUAUAUUUCAAGUCAAAAGACCCUGACCCAAAGACUAUUACUCCUAUGGGAGGUAAGGGUCCAACUUUGACUAAGACUAUUGUCAAACCAGUCAUUUCUGGAAUAAAGGAAGAGCAGAAGAAGCCACAAAAGAAUAAAAACAAUGAUCUUGAACUGGUAGAUCUCUCUUUAGAAAAAGAUCCUCCUGCUCCGAUCCCAGAAGAAAUUCCAAAAUCAGACCCAGUGGAAAAAUUUGAGAAUCUUCCUAUUGCAAUUCCAGUUCAGCCAGAAAUGAAAGAGGACUUAGAGGAAGAAAAAGAGCCUGUAGGAACAAAUAAAUCAGAAAAGGUUGUUGAACCCAAAGAGGACCCUCCAGAGUUAGCCAAUCUAAAAGACUCUGGUCCAACCCAAGAAUCUGAAGAGAAUCCAGCUCCGAAAGAGGCUGAGCUCACAGAAGAGCAAAAGCUCGAAGCCGAAGCUGAAGAGCUGCGUAAACUUGAAGAAGAAGUAGCUAAACUUGAGAAAGAAACUGAAGAUGCACCCCAAGAAACCACUUCGUACUCUGAACAGACAGUCAUCGUUGAUGGUAAAAGAAAGCGCAAGAAGAGAAAGAAGAAGAGAAGAAAGAAGAUAGGUGGAGGUGAAGAGACCAUUGCUAACAUCACUGUUGAAGAAGUUGACCUUGAUGAUGUUGAAGAACCUGAUGGUAAGCCUCUUAAUCCAGUGGUAAAGAAGAAAGGCAAGAAAAAGAAAACACCUAACACAAAGUUGAACACUGUUGUUGAGGACUCUAAAGAACAUAGUUCCCUUACGGAACACCAAAGAAUGGACACAUUUAAAUUUAGUGAAGAUGAGAAAGAAGACCAAAAGAUUGAAGAUAGGAUAGAUGGCAAGGGAGAAAAUAACCCUGAGGAUGAGAACAAACAAGAUGAUUCCUAUGAUUUCUCAACUCCAAAGAAUGUAGCUGGGAGUCAGAAGAAGGAAUCUAAGCUAAGCAGAUUUAAGAACGCGGAGGAUAAUCCUAACCAGAAUGAUGUUAGUAAUGAUUAUGAGGGUGAUGAAUUUGAAGAAGAUCAGAAAACACCUAAAAUAGAGACCAAAGAAGAGGUUAAGGAAGAAAAUGAAAUUCUUCCACCAGUUCUGAAACCUUCUUCUGGGUUUAACACUAACAAACUAGCAGAAGCAAUUGAGUUAAAGGAGGAGCCCAAAGAAUCUCCCAAACUUGAAAUGAUCAGACCUCCUGCUCCUGUAGCUUUGAUAUCUCAGAAUGAGGUUUAUCAAAACAUCCACGCACCUCCUGAUAAGACUGAGAUUGAUACUAAUACAGACAUUGGGCCUCCAGUAGGUUCAAAAUUUGCUCAAAGUAAUCCAUUUGGAAAAAUAGAGAGUCUAAAGAAGACCAAAACAGUAGUAGAACAGAAGGAAAACAAAGUCCCAAGUAUUGCAGAUGAGAAAGACCUCGCUAAAGCCCAAGGUACAAUCUCUCUCCUCCCACUUAACUGUGAGAUUCAUCGUGAGGAGUACAUCCAAUACUUUUGUCGUGAAGACGAUUGCAAAUUUGGUCUAUGUCAACAGUGUUUGAACUCUCAUGAGAACCACGACUUCAUCUAUGCAGAUGAGAUUGCUAGCUUUGAAAUAAAGCAGUCUCUAAAGGCGACUAUGACUGAGUGUGCUUACAAGAUAAAGUCCCAACAAAUGCUGUAUAAUGAGACCAAGAAGCUCUCACAAUACCUAGAGGACCUUAAAAAGCAAGAAUACGAGAAGAUGCACUAUUACUUUGAAGGACUCAAAAAGGAACUCGAAAAGCGUGAGAAAGCCUUGAAAGAACAAUUCCAUGAGAAAGUCAAGGAUGUCGAAGCUAUUCUUGACAGAGAUGUAUUGAUCUUGGAGAAGCGUAUGCAAGAGUUUAAUUCUAUUAAUGAUAAACUUAAGGAGAAGGCAGCCAGGUUCCGCCUCAGCAACGAUCUUGCGAUCGUUGCAAAUGCUUAUGAGGUCUUUGACCUCAAAAGGAAAGUUAAAAAUAAUAAUUUUGAAGGCAAAAGAUUAGAACUUGAGGAAGAUGAGGAAGGAGCGGAAGAAAGCAAGAUCCAAGAAUCCUUGGAUCAAUUUGAUUUCAAUCCUAAAAAGCGUAAUGUAAAUAGAGAUGAAGAGAAAAAGUUAAGAGAGCAAAUGCUGAAUGAAGGAGAGCAUGUCUUCUUUGUACAGCUUGAUUCUGAGCUUCCCAUGCCUCAAUUUGCGAUUAAUAUUACUAAAGAAAAGAAGAAGAUAGAAAACAUAGGGACUAUUAAAAACAAUCUUAUUCCUUCUCAAGAACAACAAGAAGCUCCUUUAGAUAGUGAGAGGUCUAAGAUUCAUUCUGAACCAGAUAUUGCGUCACAAUUUAACCAUCAGCAGGAAAAUAAGAUUUCUAGGAAUAAGAAUUACGAUAAUGUUAGAGAGUUUAUAGACAACUAUCAGGAUUAUUCAAAUUCAUUCUACUCUAAACAAUCUCCGAACAAAAAUUUAAUCGCACAGAAGAAGUUUACCAUGAGCUAUAACGAAAAGAAUUCUGAGCGUCAUGAUGAGACUCUUCCGCCAAGACCGAUGCCAAGCCAGCGGGAGGUAAUAACUGAAGAGAAAUUUCCUCUCUCUGAUCUGAACAUGGGUCGUGAAAUGUACUGGUUCAAAUGGGAUAGUUACGACUGCUGGAAAUAUAACUUUAGUGAUGACAUCUGGUCUCUCAUCGAGGACGUGAAGCCAUCCCAGAAGUUCCUAUAUUUCUCCAAUAUAGUUCACCUGAAAGACAACUCUGGUUGCUACAUCCUUGGUGGAUGAGAUUUUGAGGAUAAUUAUAGCAAGAGAACACUUCAGUUUGAAAAUUACAAGAACUUCAGGGAUAAAGCACCCAUGAUAUCAACAAGAGCAUUCUUCUCCAGCUGAUAUGUGGAGACCGACAGAAGUAUCUAUGUGUGUGGAGGAAAUGACAAUGCUGAUGACCUGGCAGCCUGUGAGAAAUACUCUAUAACAGAGAAUGUCUGGAGACAGAUCUCUCCCUUGAACUAUAAGAGAAACGGAGCCUCAGUUUGACACUUCUCAGAGUCAAACUGUCUCUUCAUAUUUGGAGGCAAUAAUAGAGAAAUUGGAAGUCUUGACUCUAUUGAAAAGUAUGAAGUUGAAUUUGAUAAGUGGACUGUUAUUCAAAUGACACUCAGGACUGGCCUCCAUGACCUUGCUUCUGUUUAUCUAGGUAAAGGAAAAGUCCUUAUUCUUGGAGGCAACAAUGAAAAUGGAGUCUCAACUGAGUGAGAAAUCAAGGAUCUCUCUUCUGAAGCAAAUAAACUAAACCUGAAAUUUGGAGGUAAAUGCUACUACAAUCCUAUGAUUGAUACGAAAGGUGACCUUCAUAUGUUCUUUGGGUAUGGAGAUUCUCAACUUAUACACGAAAGGGUAGAUAUCUCACAUCUUCUGGCUAAAGAAAAAGUGCAGAAAGAAGCUAUGAACAGACUUGAUCAGUCAAUCAAGCGUACUAUAACCCCUAAAGACUCGAACCUAAACAGAAAGAUUCAAGAGAAGCAUCUUAAUUUCCAUAAAUAUCAUAUGCAGCAAGAUGUCUCUAGCCAGAUGAUUUCCACUGAUAUGAACGUUUCCCCAAAUGUUUUCCCAAACAAGAAAGAGAAAAUUAGGUCUAUAAAGGCUAAUAUGUAUCAAGCAACUCCACCACGAUCAAAGAAUGGAGAGAACUUCUUCUACAGACGUAAAAAUUCUCAGAAUCGGCAUCCAUCAAAUGAGCGGAAUAGUGAGAAUUAUCAUUCGACACCCUCAAUGCCUAUUGGAAUGGGCUCUAAGGCACACUCUCAUAUAGAUCCAGACCUGAGCCAUCAUUUCAAGAGUGGGAUGAACUCGAUUUAUUCAUCAGCAAGGAAUGAUAAUAAUUUCCAGUAUCCCUCCUCAGGGUUAAAGAAAUUUAACUUCUCAUAA